AACGCAGGCUCUAUGACCAUUCACUAAGACAAGAUGAGGAUUUUUCUUCUUGUAGUAGCCUUUCAGUUUUGUUGGGCACAAUACAACCCAAAUACAAAACCUGGAAGGACAUCUAUCGUCCACCUCUUUGAAUGGCGUUGGGCUGACAUUGCCCUUGAAUGUGAACGUUAUUUAGCACCAAAUGGAUAUGGAGGAGUUCAGAUAUCCCCUCCAAACGAAAACAUUGUUCUUACAAAUCCUUGGAGACCAUGGUGGGAAAGAUACCAGCCCAUCAGCUACAAGCUAUGUUCACGAUCUGGAAAUGAGAAUGAAUUUAAAGACAUGGUGACCAGAUGCAACAAUGUUGGAGUAUAUAUUUAUGUGGAUGCUGUAGUCAACCACAUGUGUGGAUCUGGUGGUGGAUCUGGAACCCAUUCUACUUGUGGAAGCUAUUUUAAUGCAGGGACUGAAGAUUUUCCUGCUGUCCCAUUCUCCAGCUGGGAUUUCAACGAUGGAAAAUGCCAAACUCAAAAUGGAGAGAUUCAAAAUUACAAUGAUGCAAACCAGGUUCGUGACUGUCGCCUCGUUAGUCUCCUUGAUCUUGCACUUGGGAAGGACUAUGUGCGCUCCAAAGUUGCAGAGUAUAUGAACCAUCUGAUUGACAUUGGAGUCGCAGGAUUUCGAAUGGAUGCAUCUAAGCAUAUGUGGCCUGGGGACAUGAAAGCAAUUCUAGACCAGCUACACAAUCUGAGUACUUCAUGGUUUGCUUCAGGCACAAGGCCAUUCAUCUAUCAAGAGGUGAUUGAUCUGGGCGGAGAGGCAAUUUCAGCCAGUGAAUACUUUGGGAACGGCCGGGUAACGGAAUUCAAAUAUGGCGCAAAGCUAGGAACAGUCAUCCGCAAAUGGAGCGGAGAAAAGAUGGCAUAUUUAAAGAACUGGGGAGAAGGCUGGGGUUUUAUGUCUUCUGACAAAGCCCUCGUCUUUGUUGAUAAUCAUGACAACCAAAGGGGGCAUGGUGCUGGAGGAGCUUCCAUUUUGACUUUCUGGGAUGCCAGGCUCUAUAAAAUGGGAGUUGGCUUCAUGCUUGCUCAUCCUUAUGGAUUCACACGUAUAAUGUCAAGUUAUCGCUGGUCAAGGAAUUUUGAGAAUGGAAAGGAUGUUAACGACUGGAUGGGACCUCCAAGCAAUAGUGAUGGAUCAACAAAAUCUGUUACAAUAAAUGCAGACACUACCUGUGGCAAUGACUGGGUCUGUGAACAUCGGUGGCGCCAAAUAAGGAACAUGGCUAUUUUCCGCAAUGUCGUGGAUGGUCAGCCUUUCGCCAAUUGGUGGGACAAUAAUAGCAAUCAAGUGGCAUUUGGCCGUGGCAACAAAGGAUUCAUUGUCUUUAAUAAUGAUGACUGGAAUUUGUCUCAGACCUUGUACACUGGCCUUCCUGAAGGCACUUACUGUGAUGUCAUCUCUGGGGACAAGCAGGGCAGUUCCUGCACUGGAAUUACAAUCCAAGUCUACAAUAACGGCAAUGCUAAUUUUCAGAUUAGCAACCAUGCAGAAGACCCAUUUGUUGCAAUCCAUGUUGAUGCUAAAUUGUAAUUCAAGAUAAAGAAAUGUCUCCUGAUCUCCUGACCUAUCUAAGUCAGUUCUGAGUGGCACAUAAUUGAGAAUCCUUCAAAAGAAUAAAAUUUGCAAUGCUGAGAUAUGUUAUUUGUUCCAUUAUUAAAACAAUAUUUUUUCACCAGUU